CACUUAGCAUCUAUAACAUAAGAGCACAGGCAGUCCCCGCAGACAAGAACGGCCUUCCUAAGAUGUCAUUCUGUGAACCCCCAAAGGAACCAAGUAGGAACCUCACCGAGGCGACCUUGCCAUUCUCGUAUCCCACUAGCAGAACACAGAAUGUGGCGAUAGGGAUCCUGAUAGCCUUUCCGGCUCUGGCGUUUCUAACAGUAGGUACAAGAGUUGCUGGCACGCUUUCAUCCCGGCGGUUUGGAUGUGGUAAGUGGCCGCCCCUGCAUGGAACAUCUGCGGCGGCACAGCUUGCUGACACGUCGAUAUAGACGAUGGCUUGGUUUGUAUAGCAAUGGUGUGAACUGCCUUUGGCAACAGACUGCUUGAGUCCGAAUUGCUCACGAUGAACAGGUCCUGUCAAUACUUGAGACAAUAGCGAGCUAUAUGUUCAUCAAGACCAACUUCAUCGGCAUAAGCAUCCAUGACAUACCACCCCACGACCCAACACCGGGAGCCAUAUGGAACUACGCCGUUCAGAUCCUGUACAACCCGAUCCUGGCCCUAGUCAAGACAUCGGUUCUGCUUUCCCUGCUCCGCCUUUUCGGACAAACGCCGGGGGUGCGCCGCUUUAUCCUAUGGGUCAACACGGCAAACCUCGCGGCCAUGGUUGGCAUCCUAGUCGCCGUCGUGCUCCAAUGCUACCCCAUCGAGAAGACCUGGGAGCCGCUGCGCGAAGGCACGUGUAUCGACCGGCGGAUCCUGUUCGUCACCAUGGCCAGCUUCAACAUCUUGACGGAUUUGCUGGUGUUGGGCAUACCUUUGAGGAUAUUGAGUGGUCUCAAAAUCCCGACACGCACACAAUUCGCACUCAUGUUUGUGUUUUUGCUAGGGUUUCUUGUCACUAUCGUUGCCAUAGUCCGCAUGGCCCUCUUGAUUCAGGGGCUUUUCAUGCUCAUCGAACUGCGAGACCCAACGUCCAAUAUCAGCUUCAUAACAUCGGCCAUGGAGACGAAUCUGGUUCUCAUCACGGCGUCAGCACCAGCUUUACGGCCCCUUUUGCGUGCCUGGUGCCCGAAAUGGUGCGGAUCGAGCCGUGUGGGAGGAGGGGCCAUUACGGAGAAACAAAUCUUCGGCACAACGGCCGCGACCACAUUUAUGCAUAUGAAAAGCCAGCCGAUGAUACGGGAUCAGAACUUGAGACGUACCGAUACCUAGAUCACCGCGCCGAAACAGAGCGAGUAAGAGAUGUAGUAGAGGGAAAUAAGAAACAUUGGGAAGGGCGUGUCUGAAUCACAAACGGCCUGCAGAAUUGACAUUAGGAAUUAUACGGCGCUUUGAAGUUUGAAUGCGCGACAUAUUGGUGUGUGUGAUUCACCCGAUCUGCUAAGAUUUGCAUAUCUGUGAUAUCUCGUGCCUUGGGAGUCAACCAUGGCGCCAGAGAAGAUAUGCAUCUAGUGUUUGGCCAGACCACUUCGCUUGCAAAGCGAACCAGUCAAGUC